AUGGCAGGCGAAGAAGAAGACAUCAACAGGACAAACAACCCUCCUCCAUUCACCGAAAGAGUCCACGACCACAAUCCGUUCGUGGCGUUCCGCCGUUAUGCUGAUGAACAGAUCUCAUCCAUGUUGCAGGCUGUAAUGGGCCUUCCAUCUUCGAUUUCCGCUCCUCAUUCAAAUCACUGGGCUAUCUUUGCUGAAGAACACAAUUGUAGAGAGCCCAACUACCGCCAGCGACAGACUGGCGAAGGCAAGGAAGGUGAAUAUCCCGCGAGCUCUGGGACGGGCGCCUCUGGAAACACAGACAAUAUUGGUCAGGACGAUAAGCCACCUGCGAGCUCUCGGUGGCCGCGGUCUGAUGAUCCUUGGCACUCGCUUCACCAUGGACGAUUCGACAGGCCCUCCGAUUUCUUCAGCCUUGACUCCUUCUUCGACUCUUUCUUCGAUCGGUUCUGGUUCGAUGAUCACUUCUCCUCCCGCUUCUUCCAUCCCUUCCAUCAGCCAUUCUUCUUUAACAUGCUGAACGACGACUCCGCAACUUGGCCCCUGGCAUACUUGAUGUUCAGUCCAUACUCACCACUGCAUUUGGAACGUCAGGCAUCCUAUCGAGCACACAGAGAGCGAGGGGUAUUCUCUUCACUCAUAUCGUCAUUGAAGCCUUCUUCUGAACGCGACCCUGCCGAGCCGCAGUGGCGUGAGGCCUUUGAGGAUCUUCUUCGACUCGAAAACGGAAAACCGAUGCUGGACCGCGAACCUAGGACAACACUGGUCAAGAAGGAAUCUGGGACUGAAUGGCUGAAGGGCCUGGUACAACGCGGCAGCCUUGGCGAUCGGUGGAAGUAUGUUUCGGGACCGGAUGGCCAGGGUUGGUCAGGGAUCACGCUGGAGAGUAUCGAGCCGGCAGACAAGGAUCCCCCUCGAACUAAUGAAAGUCCGACUCAGCAAACACAGGCUGUGGCCGAUUGGAAAGACACAAAGUCCGCACCCGAAACCGAACUAGACAUGUACGACCGAUUUCUUGCAGACAUCGAAACGCGCGAGCGAGAAUUCUUCAAAGGAGCUUAUGAAAGUCCCCUUCUGCGGUCUCUCCUGGAGGAAAGACGGCGACUAAAGGAAGAGAUCGAGCUGUUUGAGAAAGAGGGCCCCAGCAAAGAUACCGAUUCUUGGAUAGAUCUUGUUUCUGAUGGCGACAAGAACACCGUUCCUGAAACUGCCCCUCAAUCGACCUCGGGGUCAUCGACCACUGGCGAGACUCGUCCAAUGGCCUCGGCAACAGAACAACAGCCCUACGUAGUUUCCACCCGGACGUCGACAGAGCGCAUUCGUCUUCCUGAUGGUUCGAUCCAAACGAAGACGGUCAAGACCAAGCGGUUCGCAGAUGGCCGGGAAGAAACAAAUGAAUCUGUCGAAGUUAUGAACCCCCCUCCCACAUCUCAAGAUUCGGUUGCUGGUCAGGAGGCGCUUGAGAAUCAGAAGAAGAGAGGCUGGUUUUGGAGAGAUUGA